AUGGGAACAGUCCUGCCUGACGCUGUGCUGCCGUGCCAGCUGAGGUCGUGCAACCUUACUUCUCACACCCACAUCCCAUCAUUCGAUGUUGAAAGCCAGCAGAUUCCAAAAGAUACUGAGACUUUCACCCCACGACCUGUUUAUCCUGCUGUCAGAUUUCAGGUCCUAAAUGUUGAUCAUGUGGUAUUGAGGCAAGACAGUCCUGGGCAACAAGGGAACUCCAGCCUGAAGGCUCACACACAGACUUUCCUUGUCACAGAUCCAGGUGCAGGUCUACUCCAGCCAGCUCUCAAUGCCUCAUAUGGUCCCCUGAAGGUAGACGCCCCCAUUCCACUAGAGUUACUGCUCGCUGGACGCAGGAUUGUACCGGUUAUUUUAGGCCGACAAGUGCGUUCCUCAUCCCCGGUCGUCAAGAUCCUCUUCCACAUGCCUGACGAAGGUGAUGGAGCUCAGGAAAAGCUAGAGAAUAGAGCUCAUUGUGUGACAGCUUACGCCUUCUGGGGGACGAGGGAAGUCCGUGGUGCAUGUUUGGUAUCACCGGGUCGAUUCUGUGUGGCGCAACUAAAGCCUGAACCAGCUUGGUUCAGCUCAUCCAUUCGACCUGGCAGCUCAAGCAAAGAGACGGGACGAAACGAUGCCACAAAACAGGGCAAUGUUGUGGAGGUCUACUUCCAGAGUCGGAUAGACCAGACAGGCCAAUGUACACCACAGGACAGCCUGCAACGAGUAGGAGUAGGGAGAGCAGGAGUCCAGGAAGGGUCGGGGACACCCUUGAGGAGGAUAGGAACCGUUAACCUGCUUAAAGCUCCAGCUGGGAAUACAACCAUUUUUCGUCUAAGGCUAGGGGGUGCUAUGGUCAUCCAGGCUUCCUCUAAGCCCCUCAAGAUGAAUGAUGUUGUGACUUUUAAUGUCUUGCUAUCAAGUACCUCUACCUUGGACAGUUUCACACUUAGGGCGACAGUCAAGCCAGGAUUGUCAUUCAGUGGUGUGCGGCCUAGCGAUCCGACGCUAUGGGACGUCAAGACAGAGCCAGGGAAAGUCGGCAUCGCCAACACAGUCUCGGUUUUUUGCCAGAGAAAGGUUACAGUCACAGCAAAAAGGGGUCUUGUAGAAGUUCUCCAAUUGGACUUUGUGCCAAAGGACAUCUCUGAGCUGGUUGAGACUCACACAAUUUCCUGGAGACUGGAUCAGCCAGGGAACGUCAGGGAUGUGGGCCAGAUGCGGAUCUACACCACCCAGAGAGACUAUGUGGGACUGGCUCCUUUGGUGAUGAGUAGCGAUAUGCUUAAUACAGCUAUCCUAACAGGCAAAGUGGUCAAAGUGCCUGUGAAAGCUUUGGCUGUAGAGGCCAACGGCUCCACAAAUGACGUGAGCAGCCUAACCAGCUGCAGGUCUACGGACAAAGAGGUGAUCAAGGUGUCUGAGCGUUGCGACUACGUGUUCGUCACGGGCAAGGAGUCGAGAGGGAAGAGCCGAGUGGUGAUCAACUUCACUUACGGUUUUUUGAGUGCCCAGCUGGAGAUGAGCGUGUGGGUGCCCCGCCUGCCGCUGCGCAUUGACGUGGCAGACUCUGAGCUCAACCAAAUCAAGGGAUGGAGAGUCCCUAUUAACCCCAGCAACCGAAAACCCACUUGGAAUAGUGAAGAGGAGGAAGAGAUGCGUAAAGGCAGGGGUUGCAUGCUGCAGUAUCAGCACUCCACUCUGAGGGUACUCACACACUUUGAGGCCGACUCAGAUUUGGUACCAGACUUGUUGACUGGAGCAAAGACGCUUGAUUAUUUCCUGGGUCCUGAUUGGCAGGUCGACGUGACCAAUCUAGUGCGCUAUUCACUAAAAGUGGCAGACCCAGACGUGGCCAGGAUUCAGGAUGGAGAUGUGCUGCAGGGGCGAGCUGUUGGCACCACUACUAUUCAGGUAAUCUCCCCACUCACAUCAUCAGUCCUCGCUGAGAAGGCCAUCACAGUAGUGGAUGAAAAAGUAAGCGUGACGGAACUCGGGGUAAAGUUGGUGUCUGGACUCUCACUGUCCCUGCAGCCAUGCCCAGGGAGCAACAGUGCCGUUGUUGCCUUGGCAACUAUACGUGAGACGAUCACACAGCUCAAACAGGAAGCUACCGUCAGUUGCUGGGUCCAAUUCAGCGAUGGCGCUGUCGUCCCACUGGAAAUCUUCGACCGCAGUAUCUACUCCUUAACAAUUUCCACUCUGGACGAGACCAUGGCAACUGUACGCCGCACGCCGCAGUCCGUGUUUGUGGUGGCAAAAAAUGAAGGUGAGGGCCAGGGGGCCGUCGUCAAAGUGGAGCUAAGGAUAUGUGAGGAAUGCCAGAAGUCCAAGAGGAAGAGCAAGCUGGCGGUCGGUACGGGGCUUCUGCGGAUGAACUUCAAGGGCGGUGGAAGGGUUUUUGGAAGAACCGACGGACCUGGAAAAGAGAAAAAACAAGAUUAUAGUGGAGGUGGUUCAGAAAUAUCAGGAGAGGUUAAAACAACUGUCACAUCACAGCGAUUUGUCUCAGAUGAAAGAACAUUACCAGGAACUGACACCUCAACCAUACCGUUAGACAGAACUGUUGGAACACGCGUUGCUUGGAGAGGAACAACCAGCAAAAGUACACAAAGUUCUCAAUUCAUGGUCACUGGUACUUCCACUGUGAGUGUUGCAAGAUUCCCGGGCACUGUCAAACCAACAGAUAUGACACCUGGUGAUAAAGAAGGACAGAAGAGCGGCUUUGGCAACAUGCUUGACAAUCCAAAUUCACCCCCAAACAAAAGCAUUCGUAGAGCAGAUUUCUCUCCCAAGAAAGAGCCUCCUAAAGUUAUAUCCCCCAAAGUCAUUGAGGGUGACUUAAUUCGCACAUUUCGAUCCAUGUCCGACUUGGAAAUAGGCAUCUAUUCAUUAGUGGGGGUGUUGGUUAUAGCUAUCUUAGGAUUUUUGCUUAACUGCGCUUCAUAUAGGUUUUGUUUCCGUAAUCACAAGACCCCUAUACAAGCAGGACCGACUCAAAGUGGGGACCCAAAAAAUCAUAAGCAUGACUGGGUGUGGCUAGGGAGCAACAAUCAGCACCCUGCGUCUCAGGGUGCACCUACUCAAGUGUCAACACUGACCCGCCGUUCAGCCGACUCCAAGGGUCACCGCAGCACAGAGAGCCCUCUGCCUGCCGUGGGAGCAAGUGUCGUUGGCCUCCCUGAAAGAACUGCUACCUUGGGGCGCAGCAGAACAGGCUCCCAGCAGCAGAUACACAGAAAGGUCAUCGAUCCCAUGGUGAACCGUUCAGCCACCCUGCUGGCAAGGCCUCACCGCAAUGAGCCUCUCCACUCCCCCACUAGUAAAAGGAACCAGGUUCAGUUCACUACCUUUACUACAUUGGACAUCAAGCAUUUGGCUGCACUGAAAAAGAACGGCCAGGACUUUAACUGCAACAACCAACAACAGGUGCAGCUACAGCAGCAGAUGCCCCCGCCUGAGCCACAGAUACCAUUACCUGACAUGCCAUGGCCGGUUGUUAAACCCCUUGGAGAACCCCAGUAA